UAAGUCACUCUCACGUUAUUGAUGACGUAAAUAGUCAAAGAUGGCGCUGAAUAGGAAUCAUUCCCAAGCUGGUGGAGUAAUAACAAAUGGUGAAAAUGUUUUGAAGGACUGCAAAGAUGUGGAGCUAUCGUUCAGUGAUAUGACAUGCAAACAUGAUGUUUUUAAAGGCACCAAGAAGGGUAGCCUUUUCCUCACACCAUACCGGAUGAUAUUUGUGACAAAAGGGAAGGACUCAAUGUCUUCCUUCAUGAUGCCUUUCUAUCUCGUCAAAGGUUGCUCCAUUGAACAGCCUGUUUUCUCAGCUAAUUACAUCAAAGGAACUAUUCGAGCUGAGCCAGGAGGUGGCUGGGAAGGUCAGGCAAAUUUUAAGAUGGUCUUCAACAGUGGAGGAGCCAUAGAAUUUGGACAGCUUAUGUUUAAAGUGGCUACAAAUGCCGCCAGACCUCCUGCACAGCCCGCUGCUCAAGGUUAUAUGCCAGCACCAGCUCCAGUACCUCCACCAGCUGCUUACAUACCACAACCUGCCAAUGGACCAUACCCAUAUCCCACCCCUGAUAUGAAUGGCUACUAUGGUGCUCCUCAGCCCAUGGGAUACCCAUAUGUACUACCACCAGGUGAAUACCCAUCUGCACCUCCAAUGAAUGCUGCAUACAUGCCUCCCCCUCCUCCUUACCCAGGGCCACCUCCUAAUGCUCCAUCUGGAUGGAUGAUGGAACCAGGACCAGCAGGGUGUCCAAAAGCAGCUGAAGCAGCAUCAAGUGCAUAUUAUAAUCCGAUGAAUCCUCACAAUGUUUAUAUGCCCAUGGAUCCGCCACCUCCAUAUGCACCCCCAGAAAGUAAGAAGGACAAGUAAAUGGGAAGUUUCUCAAUUUGUCUACAACUUGGCUACCAUAAAAAUGUCCUCUUUCUCCUUUUCUUGUAACUAAUAAUUUUAGAACUUUGUUAUAGUUUCAGAUUAUGGUAUGUGGUGUGAAAAAUAUAAAAUAAUUUGGGGAGAAAGAGUAAAGCAGAGAGCGCAUUUACCAUUAAAGAUUUUGAUAUUUGAGACUUCAUGAGUCCUAACAGCGCCAUUGCAUUAGGCAGCACAGAACAGAAGUCACCUCUAAACAACAGUUGGGAUGAGAACACUUCCAGUUGUACUUGAAUUGGAGACUCUGGAUCACGGCUCUGAGGAAAAAUGCACUAAUUUUCUAAACGCUGAUUGAACAUUACCAUGAAAACUUUAGCCAGGCAUUAAAAAAUCCUGGCAUGAAUAAAUGUGGUGACCAGAAUAUUUUAAUGUGUAUUUUAAGUGGCCAGAGAGGCUACAGAAUUUGGUUACUAUGUAACAGAGUUUUUGAAAAUGAAAUUAGAAAUUCUCUGCAAGGAUUGCUUCCAAGAGAAAUAUUGCAUCAAAAACUAUCUGGUUCCUGUAAACUGUACAGUAACUAACAAUUACAUUGUUUUGUUACUUGGAAAUUUAGACCAGGCUUAGACCCACAGAGUUGAAGAGCAUUUCCAGAUAUGUACCUUUGGUGAAACAGUAGCAAUAUAGGCAGGACAGUAGUUAACAUACAGAUAAAGUCAUAGUACUGGUAAUGCAUUUUAGAGAGUGGAAAAAGUAAAGCACUGUAUAAAUGGAUUUUAUACAGAACCAUUAACUUACCAAGUUAGUAGAGCAUAUGUACAGUGUCAGAAAGGAAAGUAAGUAUCAUGAGUGUGCAGAGAACAGUAACAAACAUGGAUGCAGUGAAAUGGAUUAUAGGGAAACUAAAGGGGGUACAGGCAAAUGGGAGGUUCUUCUUUAACUGGUUCUAAGGCUUAGUAAAUUCUAAAAUGUCGAUUGACUGUAGAGAAAAUCCUUUUCUUCUCCAUAAUUAUUUUAUUUUUGUUUCCUGAUUGACUUGUUAUUGACAGACUGCUCUGGCACAUGUUGUCUUUAAUGUUUUUUUAUCUAUUCACAUGAUUAAAUUAAGAAAUAAUAAAGAACAUACUCAUUUUGGUUGGAAGAUAGCAGGGAUGUUGUACUGUACUACUUUCCCACAAGAUAUACAGUCACAUUACGCCAUUAUUUUCAAAGACUUAGAAUUAAUUGUGUGUUUCAACAGCAGCUAUAUUACUUUUAAAGGUAGCCUAGAUGCAUGGAGUGGACCUGUAGAGAGGAUGCUGGAUGUCUUCUGAUUACACAUGCUUGCAUUUCCUUUUAAGGGUGGACCUAAAACAAAUAUUAUAAAAUAACAUUUUUGUGAGUUGUUAUGGGAUGUUUUGUUUUUCUUUUCGUUGAAGUAUCACUGUAAGUGUGAAACAAACUAAACUAACAGCACGAUCAAUUGUUUCAGAUCUGAUGUAGCUCUAGGGCAUUGUUUGUUCUCAGUCAAGUGGAUUUCAGAUUACUUGUCAGAUGUCAUGACAGACUAUGUGCGGUGCAAGUGUUUGUCAUAGCUGAGUGUCACAGAGCAGCUGAUGUCAAACGCAAUAACGUAUUUCCAUUAUUAUGUGGUUUGCACUGGUCGUGAACUUUAUCCAUCCUAUUUAUUAUCAAGAACAGUGGCAUAAAAGUGUUUUUUUUUUUGUUUUGUUUUUUUGAGCCUUUUAAUCCAGUCUGAUGCCAUAUACUGUGACUCUUAUAGUUCAGCAAUACAGUUGCCACAUCAUACUGUGGUAACAUUGAUUAGAUACUUAGUUGUUUGUUUGCACUAUGAAUACAAAAAGAUGCAGAUUUUGGUCCUUGACAUACGUCACUGUUAAUACAUGAUUCCAGAGUUUUUCAACACUGUAUGACAGAAAUGUAUGUCUGAACACAACAGUAUGCUUUCUAAUGUUUUCACAGUUAUCCACAGUUCUUGACAUUUAAUUAAAACAGUGUUUACAGUAUUUUGGUUUAGACAUGAUGCGCUUUUAGGUAGAACUCUUUAUUGUAAGUCAGUAAAAAUAUAUUUAAAUAGAUGUAUGGCUUUGCCAGUGAGUUAAGCUUCAUUUCCCCCUAAUCUUAAUAAAACUAACUGAAUUGCAGCAUGAUUUAAUUUUGUACAUGUGGCAUCAGUUGCUGAUUGCUGUGCCACCUCUUUAUAGUACAUUUUCUGUAAAUAUACUUGCACAUUAAAUAUUAAUAAAGUAUUAUGGAACAAUUUAA